UCCUCGCCCUCCAGCUCCGGGCCACUCCGGCGGGGACCGGACAGGACUGCGGCCGCUCUCCGCGACGCCCUCGCGCCCCACAUGCACACCUCCGCCGGCCUCCACACCUGCGGCGCGGUCACAAAGUUCCCGCAGGCAGCAGGAGCGGGCGCCGAGGUGCACUUCAGCCGGACUCUUAGCGGCUCCCCAGUCCGGACAGGCUCCACGUACCCCCGCCCCGCCCCGGGCCGAAGCAGCUCCGCCGACGGGGUGAGGGAACGGGGGAGGAGCUCCUCGCGGCGGCCGCACCCCCGCUGCCUCUUCCUUCUCCUGGGCUGUCGCCACAGUCUCCUAGGUCGCCGUAGCCCGCAGCCCUACUCGCCCUCUCGCCUCAGGGCCGCCCCACCCACCGGAACCUCGCCUCCUACCGCACCCCCGGCUGCUCUCCCCCCAAACUUUCCGCCAAGAUGGCGUCCCCGGAGCUGGCCGGCCGCGCGCCCACGUGAUCGCCCUCCCUGCGCUCUCAGCCAAUGAGAAGUGGUCCGAGUGGCUCCGGGACAGUCCGCCUUUGCCACGCGCGAGCUCUCUGCCCAGCAGGGUGCCCUGCGGGUCGGCGAUAGCGGCGAUCCGGGGACGCCGAAGAGGGUGAAGAGAGGUGCGACCACCCACACUAGAUCCGGGACCCCCAGUCCGAGACUACCCUAACCCCACCGACCACGUGCCGUUUCCAACUCCACUGCAGGAUGAGCGCCUGGGGCCCCAGAGGAGGUUCCCCAGUGGGAAAAGCGGACUUGGGGCGCUGACGGAGCCACCCACGUACGGGGCAAAGAGGGCAGAGAGUUCGAGGAGGGGGAAUCUCCACGUUGCCUUCCACUUUACUGCUUCUUUUAAAGUUACCGUUCGCCUUUUAGUAAAAGGUUUAAGAGACUGCAUGAAAAAAAGGCAGUAAACGAGGAAACUGGUUAAUUUGAUUUUUUAAAAAAGAUUUGAGGGUUUCAGUAGAAGAUUUUAAAGUAAAUUACUAAUUACAAGUAUGAAUCGUUUAAGGGGGGGAGGUUCGUUCAUUCAUUCGCUCUUGCAUUCAUUCCACCACGCCUGUGUCCCUAACCAGCCAUCCCCUCAGGUAUUAUCCAAGUUCUGGAGGCCCCUUUAAGGCCACCUCCUCCGGAGCUGAGCUCCGCUGGUUAGGUUUCCUGCACCUCUGAGCGGAACUACUAGUGUGUAAGGACUCUACUCCGGGGCUAAACCGCCCAGAUUGUAGCCGCCCAGAUUGUAUCUGAGAAAGCUCUCCAGGGCCUUCGAGCUAUUUCUAAGUAAUAAAGACUUUCCU